AUGGACGCAGUACUAGAGCCCUUCCCAGCAGACAGGCUGUUCCCAGGCUCCAGCUUUCUGGACCUGGGCGAUCUCAACGAGGCGGAUUUCCUGAGCAAUGCGCACUUCCCGGAGCACCUGGAGCACUUCUCAGAAAACAUGGAAGACUUCUCCAAUGACCUCUUCAGCAGCUUCUUCGAUGACCCCAUCCUGGCUGAGAAGAACCCACUGUUGGACAUGGAGCUGGACCCACCCACCCCGGGCAUCCAGGCGGAGCACAGUUAUUCCCUGAGUGGUGACUCAGCCCCCCAGAGUCCCCUCAUCCCAGUCAAGACAGAGGACAGCCCAAGAGAGCUGGAGCACGGAGCAUGGGCCCUGGGGCAUAAGCUGUGUGCCAUCAUGGUGAAACAGGAACAGAACGUGGGGCCCGAGCUGCCCGGAGACCAGCUGGCAGCCCCCUCUCCGGUUGUGCUCCCAGGCCCAGUGAGCACCACCUCUGCAGACAUGCCGAUGUUUAACCUCGGCCCGCUCUCCCGGCUGCCCGCCCCCCAUGAGGCCCCAGGAGAGAUGACGCAGACGCCUGUGAUCAAGGCUGAGCCCAGGGAGGUGAAUCAUUUCCUUGAGGUGCCUACAGAUGACUUGGUACGGAUGCCACCAACACCCCCAAGCAGCAAUGGCAGUGACAGCGAUGGGUCCCAGAGUCCCCGAUCUCUGCCGCCAUCCAGCCCGGCCCGGCCCAUGGCUCGUUCAUCUGCAGCCAUCUCUUCCUCUCCCCUCCUCACCGCCCCACAUAAGCUCCAGGGAACAUCGGGGCCACUGCUCCUGACAGAGGAAGAGAAACGGACUUUGAUCGCAGAGGGCUACCCCAUCCCCACCAAGCUCCCCCUCACCAAAGCUGAGGAGAAAGCCUUAAAGAGGGUCAGGAGGAAAAUCAAGAAUAAGAUAUCUGCUCAGGAGAGUCGCCGGAAGAAGAAGGAAUACGUGGAGUGUCUAGAGAAGAAAGUAGAGACAUUCACAUCGGAGAAUAAUGAGCUCUGGAAGAAGGUGGAAACCCUGGAAAAUGCCAACAGAACCCUUCUGCAGCAGCUCCAGAAGCUUCAGGCCCUGGUGACGGGCAAGCUCUCCCAACCUUACAAGAUGGCUGCCACCCAGACGGGGACCUGCAUCAUGGUGGUGGUGUUGUGCUUUGUCCUGGUGCUGGGUUCCAUCAUGCCGUGCCUCCCAGAGUUCUCCUCCAUGUCCCAAACGGUGAAGGAGCCUCCCCUCCCAGCUGCCAGUGUCUACACAGCCAGCCAGAUGCCAUCCCGAAGCCUCCUGUUCUAUGAUGAGGGGGCCAGUUCACUGGAGGAUGGCUACAGCUCCCUGCUGCCUGUGGAACCCCCAGAAGGCUGGGAGACCAAGCCAGGUACCCCUGAGGAGCAGCAGCCCCAAGAUCAUCUCUCCCAUGGCCACCUGGCCAGCUCCCAUGAGGCCACCAAGUACCUGAGCAAGUCCCAGCUAGAGGCCCCGGAUGGGAACGACACCCGCCCUGACUUCAUCCACCCCAAGGAGCGAUUCCAUGAGAGAGAGACGCGUCCAAACGGCACCACAACGUACUUGUAGCACCCACCAGAGCCCAGGAUACAACCUGGACCCCAAGCCACUCAGAAGAAGGGGGACCUUACUCAACACUCCCAAUCUGAUCCAUAUCCCUCCCACACCCAGCCCCUCCUUCU